UGUAAUGUCACAUUUAUUCCAAUUUAAUUAAAAUGAAUUUUUCACUCGUGUACUUCUCACUUUACUGAUGUAGUUUUUGUUAAUUCACUAAUGAUUUUUUGAGUUUGUUGAGUAAAAUUAUAUUUUACUAUACAGCUAGUAAACAAUUGUUCCUCAUUUCAAUCAGAAUUACCACAAUGAAACCAAAACCCAAUUCAGAAGAUGUUGACGACAAGGAAGAGGAGUUGCACUCGCUUACUCACUACGUUGGAGAUGAAGAACUGCUUGUCCAGCACAUGUUUACUGCUAUUCAGCACACUAAACUUGAAGCCAUGAUGCCACCAGUACUCAAGGCAAUUCCACUGCAGGAUCUGAAAUUGUUGUGCAUCCACGAACUGCGCGGCAUAAGCAAGAAAAGGAUCGUCGCCAUAAUCCAGGGUCGCAACAUGUCAGACUCCAGCGACUCUGAGGACGAAGAGGAGCUGCCUGAGGCUACGAAACCGCAGCGGGGCAGACGAGUAAACGACGGCGAGGCUGACGCCGCAGAUCCUAACAAACCUAUGGACAUCGUAGAGCUGGAGAUGCGAGCUCGCCUCAUCCAAACCAUGCUCAAAAAAGACCCAAAAAACAAAGACAUUCCUGGCCUGGAAGAUAUCAAAGCCAAGAUAAAGAGCGAGCCUUUAUCAGACCGCAGCCGUAGCGGCUCUUCGAGUAGGAGUUACUCGAGCCGCAGUUACUCCCGCAGCCUGAGUAGGAGUAGUUCUUACUACAGCUCAGACUCUGAAAACCGGCGUAAAAAACAUCGAUCUUCUCGUCAUCGCUCGCGCCGAGACAGACGCGCUCGCCGCGGUAAGAGCCAUCGCGAUUCCAGCAAGAAGCGCGAUUCUAGUCGUGAUAAUUCUGCGGCAACGCCCGAUAAAAAUGACGAUAAGAAGCGGCAGAGUAAGAAAACUAGAAUAAGUCGAAAAGAGUUCGAAGAUCGCAUGAAAAAAGCUAAGGAGAAUAGAACCUACCGCAAGAGAACAGAUUCUGAAGACAACUCGAAGCAUGAAAAACCCACGAGAGUUGGGGAAGAACAUGAGCCCCAAGAGCGAUCUCCCUACGUUGAACACGAAGAAAAGAUUGCCAAGGAGCCAGCUGAAGAUGAAUCUGAAAAAGAAGAGGGAGAAAUCGAUAGCAACGAAGAAGGCAGUGGUCUCGAUAGUGAUAGAAGUUUCAGGCGCAAGAAAGGGCAACGCUCGCGUAGCUACUCGAGCGACAGGAGCGUGUCCGGUAAACGUUCCAGACGCAAUAAAGACAAGAAGCACAGUCGUAGGAAGGACCGUCGUCUACCUGUGGACAAAAACCUGAUCUUGGCGACUCUAAACGACGGAAAUGUUCCUAACGUCCCCAUUGACAAGAAGUCUAAAUAUAAGUCGGGCAUUGAAGCCGUUGACUCGGAAGAAGAUUUUGAUAGUAUGACAGGUGGUGCUAGAAAAGAACCCGAGGCUAAAGCUGGUCUCCGUAUGGAUCGUAGUAACGUAAGCUUUUCGUUCAAUAAGAAGUUAGCUCCUAAUUUGAUGAGUAGCACAGAUUUUGAAUUCGGGCUGUCAUAUGGAGGACCUUCACAAGCUACCCCUAUUAUUUCACCGCCCAGUCAAAAUAAGGCCCAAGUUGGUGAUCAGAUCGUCAUAAGUUCGGACAGCGAAGGCGAGUCCAAAGCAGGUAAGAACAAUAAGAAAAACAGUGAUGAGAUUACUUCGGCUCCUGAGGUAGACGACAGUCAAGUUCCACUCAACGUCUCAGACGAAAAUGACCUCCAGCGUUGUGAGGAGACCGUCAUGAAAGAUAUUUUUGCAGACAUGGAAGAAGAGGACGAACGAGAAAAGAAUUUCGAGAAAAAUUCCGACGUGCCCAUCAAAAUUGAAACCACGGAGCAGUCUGACGACAGUGACGCGGCAGCUGAUGCUGGAGAUAUAAAUAAGGUUAGUUCGAAGUACGGAAGCGUAUCCGACCCUAAUGCCGCCCUGAAGCAAGAAAUCUUAUCUCCUGAAAUUCCGGAAUAUUAUCGAAACAUUCGGGAGGAACCCGCUGCACUAGAGCGGUCAGUUGCUGAUGAUUCUGAAGAAGGAGCCUGUAGUGAUGAGGAUGGCAAUAAUGUUGAGAGCUCAUCAGAAAAAUUUAUAAAUUCUUUUCGUUCCGCUCCUGACGACAGUCCGACCAAACCAGAGGAGAUGGAUGCAUCAAGUAGGUCUUACACUCCAGUUGAUGCCGCGCCUGAAAAUAUCAAUCGGAACGGCCAUCUUAGUGAAGAUGACGACGAAGAUGUUGGACUAGUAGAUCUGCCUGAGGACGAACAUUUUGCUAUUGAUUUAGACGAGGAUUCCGACUCUGUUAGUAAAUACGAAGAUACCCCGUUCCCUACUGCGGCGGAAAGGGGCGAAGACAGCGACGUUACUGCUGACAAAACCGAUUUCUACCGAGGAGCCGACAACUUGAACACGAGUGCGGACAAUUCUUUGUCUGCAAACCAACCAGAGCAAAAAGAACGUAAAACUGAUUCUGAAGAAGAGGGAGAAAUUGAAGAAGAUGCUGGAUUGGUAGAGUUAGAGCCAGGAGAGGCGGAAGAACUUUCGUCAGCCUUGCUACCGUUAACACGAGGCCGCAGACAAGGAGGUACUGAAAUAAUCGGAGAAAUUGAACCUUCCACAAGAGACGCGACCGGGCUUGACAAUCUCGCGGGAUCGGGAUCAAGUUGGAGCUCCAGGUGGCUGCAAAGUGAGAAAGUUCAAAAAGUCGUCACCAACAGUAAAAUGCUUAGCCGCAUGAGGAAGCGGAUUAAGAUUGACAAGAUCAACUCUAAGGCCGGCGCCGCAUCGACUGCUUCCGACGGCACGGCCGUUGAUCCGAACGCAGAUGAAGGAUCUUCUGAACAGGCCUCACAAGACGGGUCAUCCGUACCAGUUAUUAGCAGCAUGGAGGCUUACCAAAGACUCGUGGGCAAACCUGAGGUUUUAUCGGACGCAACAACGGAGAACACAAACGUCCAAGUCGAGACUGAGAAGACAGGAGAUGCUGACGAGGGCUCGUCUGACGACAGCGACGAAGAUCUCUGGUCUAAAAUGAUGGGUAACUGAAUCGGCAUGUUCGACGCAAUUUUGUAUAUAAUUAAUGCAGCAUGCUGUGCCUCAACGUGCAGUAUGAAAGCAGCGCAAUGCAGGACUUUUUUUCCACCAUACCACUAUGUUUAGCUUAAGUUUUGUCUCAUUUUCUAUUACUCAUUUUACCCAUGCAAGAAAACUGAACCGGUUCCAUAAGAUUAGGCGUAAUUAGUGAAAGUUGUCCUAGUUUUUCAUUUAAUUAUCGAUUGCUACUGUUUCAGCUUCAGCAAGUGAGGUUAUUAAUUACUAACAUAGAAAUUCAUUCACAUAACAAGUUCCCAGUAUUGGAAAUACGCUUCAGUUUAGACAACGAUGGCUACGUUGAUAAGAAGCUUAGGGUUCUCUAAGGUUUACGUGCCGAAAUAUUUAAAUACAAUUACUCACUUCAUUCACACAAAGCAAGUUGUUGAUUUGUAUUUUAAUUUUCCUUCAGGGUUUUACUAAUAAAUGAAUCGGCUAAAAAAAUAGCUAUCUCACAAUUGCGAGCAACAUAACAACAAAGGUUAAAAAAAAGACAUUAUCAAAUUUUUGAAAAUUUUUUAUAAGGUUCAUUACUAGACAAUGCUAAUCUGCAUGAAAUAUGUACAAUAAAAUUUUCAUCCGGAAAAA